CAUAACACGUGGCACGAUGUCAUCGUGAAGGCCAAUUGGCUUAGAGUGCACUUCACAAAACACAUCCAUGAUCACAAUUCAGAGAAGCAAAUAAUAUCCGCUUCAAGCGCGGAUCUCUUGAAGCACGAGCGGCGCCCCAUGCUGUGGUUGCACAGUGAAGGCUGCGUAAGGGGCGUGAAUAUACUGAGGGGAGAGAUCCCAAGUGAAGGUCUGGAGGAGUGUGGCAAGGAAGAUCUUGGCCUCCAUGAUGGCAAAGUUCUGGCCGAUGCAGAUGCGCGGGCCCCACCCAAAGGGAAGAAGAGCCGCCUGGCCGUUAGCGGCCUUGAGGAUGCCGUCCGCGAAGCGCUCGGGCUUGAACAGGUGGGCGUCGGGCCCCCAUAUCUCGGGCUUGCGCAUGCCAAUCGGGAGCUGGAUGAGGAUGUCUUUGGGAAUGAUAUAGUCACCCAGCUUCGUGUCCUCUUCCACCACCCUCGACAGCUCAAAUAUCGGAGGGAACAGUCGCAACACCUCCUUCUUGCGGCCUGCGAGGACGCGGUAGACUUCCUCCCGGCCGCGUGUCUGCCAGUCCUGGUGGAUAGCGAGGUUGACCAUGGUCCACACCAGCAGAUUAGAAGUGGUUUCGUAGCCGGCAAAGUAGAAGAGCUUGCAGUUUCCAAUGGCGUCGUCCACAAUGCUUUCGACAUCCACCUCUUUGGCGCUCUUCUCGUCGUAAAGCUCGUCCAGGAAGAGGUCGAACAGGUCACGCCCGUCCUCGAUUCCUGCCCGCCUCUUCUUUACCCGCUCGUUCACCAUUGUCCGAAACGAGUCACGGACUUCGCCCUCCAUGGCUCUCGCCUUCCGGUGCAGUGCCGUCGG